GGUACACAGGUCUCUCUCUCUCUCUCAUGCUUUUUUCACUUCCAUCUUAGAUUUUCAAUUCCGGUAGCGAGAAACACGGAACAUUGUUUUUUCUUUGGCUCUCUCAAUUUCACUGUCAAAUUUAUCAAAGGUUUUCUUAUCGCCAUGGAUCUUCAUUUUUUCAUUUGAUCUAUGUAUACCUCCCUUUCUCCUCAAUGAGGACUCAGUCAACUAUCAAAUGCGCUCAUUGCUGUUAACCAAGCCACGCCUGAGGAUAGUUUUUUCAUACCUUUGAUGUUCGAAGGGCUCUUCCAUCUGCCAAAAUGAAGGGACAUGUAAGAUGGAAUGAGGCUAAUAUUGGAGAAAUUGAAGCAAAUAAACCCGUGAGGCAAAAAAUUACUGAACCUAAGACUCCGUAUCAUCCUACGCUUGAUGAUGAAAGUUCUCCAUCCCCUGUUCGAGGAGUCUUUGACGAAUGUAUUGAAGAUCAAAAUCACUCUGCCAAUUCUGAAGGAAAUGCUUUCAAUAAUGCGCUCUCUUCUAGCAGAACAGGAACUACACAAUCUGAUGGCUGGACAUCAUCCGAGGAUGAGGUACAAGAAACUGAAACUGAAGACGAGGAAGAUAAAGGUUUGAGUUUUAAGGAACACAGAAAGGCCCACUAUGAUGAAUUCCUCAAAGUCAAAGAGCUGCAACAGAAUGCUUCUAUCCUAGAUGAUGCAAGUGACGAGGAUAACGGCGCUGAGCUUACCAAGGGGGAGGGGAAAAAUAACUCAACUUCUUCAACGAAUUGUACCUGAAGGAGGCCGACAUCGAGGGAGACAAUGUAUCUUUCACCAAUGCCUCCAGCAAAUAAAAACCUUUCAUUAGCCUUUGUGUAUGAUGGGGAUUAGCUGUAUUAUUGUGUCUUUUGUGUGUAAAAUAUCUUUUCUUUUUUCACCCGGUAUGUUCAUCCGAUCUUGCAUGCUCCAUUUAGGUUUUAGACUCUCUUGUAAUAUGCCAAAUUAGAUUCCCUUUUGGCUAGCACUAAACUUCCUGAUUAUAACACUCCAAAUAACAUGCGAGGGGUGAUUGCAUUGAUGUAAGCAGCUAAGGUUGCAUGCUUAGACGGAUCAAAUUGUAUUGUUUUUAUUAACGAAUUUUAACUCUGCAAUACCUCAGA